AUGACAAGCGCUUACGGGGGCGACCCCGAUAUCGACCGGCUCAUGGGCCUUUUAGACAGUUCUUCUUCCCCUUACAAGUUUGAGGACGAGUAUGAUGGGGGUGGCAAUGGCUCCGGUGGUGGUGGUGGAGGAGGCGGUGGAGAAUAUGGAUAUGGGAACGUGGAUAGAGGGGAGUCGCCAGGCCAAGGGGGCGGCGGGCGAGGUGAUGAUGGAUAUGGAGAGGAUGAGCAAAAGUCGGGUCCAUCAAAGCCAUCGUCAUCAUACGCAAGAGGUUACGGGGAGGAAAGAGGCAUGGACAUGAAGCCCAGCAUGGAGUACAACGCCUUUGGUUCGAGCGGAGAUCUCAAUGAGCCCCGCCAACCCGCUCGAGUCUCUCUUCACCGAGGCAAAUCGACCGCUCCUCGCCUUCUGCCUUCCGGUAACGAAUCAAGCGCGAUCAGCUCGGCACCAGCCUAUCGCACCCAAGACCUACGCAACUCUGGUCCUUCUGCUCCCGCUUCGUAUCACAGCAAGAAGCUACUGGAGGACGACCUCGAAGAUCUCGGAGGACCUCAGCCUCCUCCCGGAGCUAUCAUGGGGUCGAGCAGAUUCCCGCUCGACAAGUCUGACCCGCUGGGGGAGUAUGAUGGGGUCCAAGAGGCGCUUGACGCGCGUGAUGCGGAGCUAGAAGCGGUGGAAGAGCAGGUCGCGACGGUGGACGUCAUCCGAGCAAGAGAGCAGAAGGAGUUCCCAGCGGACUAUGGACAGAAGUCUCUUGUGCCAAUCACGGCUCUAGACCCAAACCACACCCCGCUUUUCAACUUCCCUACCUUCAACAGGAUGCAGUCCAAGGUGUUUGCGGAUAUCUAUGGGGGAGACGAGAACAUCGUCGUCACUGCGCCGACAUCUUCCGGAAAGACAGCCAUCUUUGAGCUGGCCUACCUACGGAUGAGGAAGGAAAACCCAGGCCGACUCGCUAUCUAUAUGGCACCUACGAAGGCUCUGUGCAGCGAGCGAGCUAGAGACUGGAAACACCGCUUCGACAAAGUUGGGACCUGCGUCGAGAUCACUGGGGAUACCAACACUGUCGGUCUGGACAGGUUGCUGGCCACAGCGACGCUCCUCGUUAUUACGCCGGAAAAGCUCGAUGUCCUCUCCCGCCGCGUGGCCAAGUAUACUAGCCUUGAGAAUCUCAGACUGGUAAUGAUCGACGAGGUCCACAUCCUCGGCGAGUCUAGGGGCGCCACGCUCGAAGUGGUCAUGUCCCGCCUGAAGAAGCGGUGCACUUCAUACGAGCCGAUCCGCUUUGUCGCCGUCAGCGCUACUGUCCCCAACAUCCGAGACGUUGCUCGAUGGCUCGCUCCGCCUCGCUCCCAAGCUACACCAGGAGUCUUCAUCAAUGGCGCCAACGAAGAGACCGUGACCGGUAACAGCGAGGACCGACUGCAACUCAAGACUAUGCCCGAGGCAAAGCUAUGGCAGUUCGGUGAGGAUUACCGUCCCGUCCCUCUCACCAAGGUCGUCAAUGGGUACGACGGGAGCGACUGGACGCUUGGCAAGAAGCUGGACCAGGAGCUUAUGCCGCUCAUCAUCGAGCAUGGCGCGGGGAAGCCGAUCUUGGUAUUCUGUCCUACAAGAAGGGCUUGCCAAGCUACCGCUGCCUUCCUUCACGAGCGGUUCCAGGAGCUCUGUGCAUCUGGCGGAUCAAGGAGGCCUCUGCCUUGGCCUAAAAGCCGCGAGGCAGCCUCCUUCAACGACCCGCAGCUGCAGCUCUGGUGGACUUCCGGUAUCGCCGUCCACCACGCUGGUAUAGAGAAUACCGACCGUCGAGCAAUCGAGGACGGGUAUCGAAGUGGGGCUAUAUCCGUCAUCUGCUGUACCUCGACUCUGGCAGUCGGUGUCAACCUCCCCGCUCAUCUGGUCAUCAUCAAAGGCACCCAGACCUGGGCAGGCGCCGCCAACGGCAUGAGGGAGUACUCGGAUGUCGACAUCCAGCAGAUGAUGGGUCGAGCUGGAAGGCCGCAGUACGACAACUCUGGUACAGUGAUCAUCAUGUGCGAGAAGUCCAAGGUUGGGAUGUAUCGCCAAAAAAUCUUUUCGCAGACUGUGCUGGAAAGCUGCCUCCAUACCAACCUGUCUGAACAUAUCAACAGUGAGGUCGGGCUCGGUACGAUCAACAGCCUCAAGAGCGCUCAAGAUUGGCUCGAAGGGUCAUUCCUGUGGAUCCGCAUCCAGCAGAACCCGAGCGCAUAUACCAGCAUCAAGAAGACUAUGAAGGGGUCCAACGAGACGUGGGACAAGGUGUUGGAGAAGUAUGUGAAACUGGGUCUACAGCAAUUGAGGAGUAUAGAGCUGGUCACGCACAAGGGGUGGAGUAUGGAGAUGAAGAAGACGGGCACGAUGUCGGAUGACGAUCCGAUGGAGGACCUUCAGCAUACAGCUUUGGGGAAGAUCAUGAGCGAGUGCUGUAUCCAGCUGGGCACGAUGGAAUCCAUCGUCGAGCUUGGACCAAAGGCGGACCUACAGGAUUGCCUCGAGACUUUGAGCGGGGCUUGCGAGUUUGAGGAUCUCCGCGUUCGCCAAGGGGAAGCAGGGUUUCUGAACCAACUUCGGGCCAGUCCGGAGAUCCGGUUUCCCCUUGAGGAUCCCGUGAAGACCUAUGCCGACAAGGUCUACCUCCUCCUUCAAGGACGCUUCGCCGCUAUCGAAUGGGAUAGCGUCAAGGGCAAGACCAAGACCGAGAACAGCUCCUGUCAGCAGACCCUUUUCACCAUCUAUCAGUCUGCGCCUCGCAUUGCUCAAGCCAUCGCCCGCGUCAUGACUACCCGCAACUAUGGCUCGGCGUCCAAGGCUGGUCUGGAGCUGCUCCGGAUCGUCAACGGCAAGGCGUGGGAGAAUCAGGCGUCCAUCUUCCAGCAGCUCAGGAAUAUUGGGCCAAAGUCGAUGAAGGUGCUCGGAGCCAAUAACGUCCUCACCUGGCAAGACCUCCUCAAGACCCCUCCUGCUCAGCUGGAGCACUGGCUCGCUCGAAACCCUCCUUUCGGCUCGAAUCUCAUCCGAGAAGCGCUCGCCAAGGACCGGUAUGAGGUGACCAUGCGACAAACUGCGGCUACUCUCGACCAGGAUGGGUUCCCUUCCAUCACCUUCACUAUCAAUCUCAAGAACGAAAAGAAGGGCGUCGACGAGAAGGACGUGAGCAAGUACAUCAGGCGGAACAAUCUCUCGAUCCUCACCAUCCGCUCCGAUGGGGACUGGAUUGACUAUCGACGGGCACUCGCCAAGAAGAUGGUCAAAACGGAGUUUGAGCUGAAGGCGGAACUCAGCGCUCCGGAUCAAACUAUCAUCAUUGAGGCUGGAGUUGAUGAGACAUCAGGCUUGACCACCAGAGCGACUCUUCACCCGGACCUCAGUCAGCUUGACGAUGUCGAUUAUGCUGCAUGCGAGGAGAGGCGUCUCGCUCGGGAGAAGAAGGAAGCGAAGGAACGCCGUCGAGCUGCCAAGGAGGCUGAAGGGGGUAUGGUGAUCGAGCGAGACCUCGACGCGGAGGAGAUGAAGAAGCGAGACAAGUCGGUCAGGAACCGCAAAGUCCGACCCGAGGACUUCAGGAAGGAGGAGGCACACGAGGGCGGCUGGGAAAGGCCCAAGUCCAUGCCGAAAAAGCUGGAUCUGCCACUCGAUGAGGCGGAUGUGAUGGAGGUGGAUGCUGGAGCGGUUAGCGAUGAGGCCAUGGAGGAUAAUGAGUUUGAUGACGGGCAAGGCAGGCCCAAGGCUAGGGCGGAGAAGUCUGCGAGGGUGAAACCAUCCUCCAGCUACAAGGCCAGGGAGCGCACUGGAUCCUCGUACAUUGACGGUGAGGCCGAGGAGUCGGAUGUGGACUCGCUCAACAUCCGUCCCGGCAAAUCCACCUCCCACCGCGACUACGAGCACCCAACCAGAUCCUCCCUCUUCAUCGACGACGAAGCGGAGGAGUCGAGCGACGGCGGUAUCGAGGCUCUCGACGCCCACCCCGUGUCCAGCAGCAUCAAUAAGCGCAAGAAGCACAGCAACAAGCGGCCUCAAGACGAGAUCGAUAGCGACGACAGCCUCGUCAUGGACAGCCGCAAGGCGCCGAAGCUCACCCAGCCUAAGCGCUCGACUGCUCCCACGGCUCGCUCUCCUCGAGCCGCCUCAUCGCCCGUCGGUAUCAAGGACUUACAGCCAGCUCGGGCCGACACCCUCGUUGAUCAGUCCCAUCCUUCGAGCCAGCUCACCCUCGUCGGCAUCAAGCAGCCUCUCUCCGCUCCGAUGCAGCCCGUCGAACAGCAAGACCCCGAGCCCGAAUCUGACGACUGGUUCGGUGACGGCGCCGACUUGUCCAGCUUCAUCAUCAUCCCGGACGAGCCCAAACCUCGUCCCAACAAUCAGCUCGCCCGGUCGCCCGACCUGAGACAUCCCACUUUAUCCUCCAUCCCCUCACCCGCAAAGCGCUCCACCGCAGCUCUGGCUCCUCGGCGAACGCCCAAGGGGCCAGUCCGAUUCGACUCGCAAGAAUACAUUCAAGACCACUUCGACCAUGUCGACGAGCGCGAUCGUAAUGGCGUGGGCGCGGGAGAGUAUCAUGAGCAGGUGGGGUCCGAGCAGGAGGUGGUGUAUGAGGGGGGAGAAGAGGUGGACAUGUACAUGGAUAUGGAGCAAGGGGGGCAGCUAUACGACGGCCAAUCCGACAACAUCUAUUAUGACACCUCCGCUUCCCAAAACGAGUACUCGCAAGACCGCAACUACGACUUCACCAACAUGCACAUGCAGCAGCCAUACCAGCAAGGCGACGCCAGUGCAUCCGCUUUCUAUGGCGAUUACGACAACACCAACGACGAGAUGCCCUUCCAGUCGCGGUCCGAGAUGGAGCAACCCAGGGAAUCCCCAGCGCCCAUCCAUCGGCAAGGCUUCGCCACGCUCUCAUCGGGCGAUAUCGGUCCCGAAUCCCACGCCUAUGUUCAAACCUUCUAA